AUGCUGCCGCCAUUGUCCUUCGGUGCUAUCCUCUUUGCUCUGCUCCUUGCGGCAUCACCUCCGACUGCUACCGCAGUGAAUCAUACCAUCGACGACACUUUUGGCGAUUCAUCAACAGGCUUUCGGCCUCAAUACGCUCCUGGCUUCCAGUGGUCUAUAGGGGGUCCCAUUUGUACCAACUGUCUUCCCACUUCGUUCGAUCUCGACCCCAAACAGCUCUUCAAUGGGACCUAUCACUUGGCACUCUCUCAGAAUGUCACUCUCACGCUCAACUUCACCGGGACGGCGAUCUACGUUUACAACGUACUCGUCAACUCCAUCGCCAACUCUCCCAACUUUAGUACGACCACCAACCUGACAUUCGCUCUCGAUGGCGUCCGUUCUACCGCAUCCACGAGUUUCGUUCAUGCCCAGACCAACCUCAACUCCAACAUCACAUACAACGCACUCGUGUACUCCACCGCCAGUCUGCCCUACGCAAACCACUCUCUCGUCAUGACCAACAUCGGCCCGCUCUGCUUCUUCGAUUAUGCCAUCUACACCACACAAAACGCGUCCGCGUUGCCCAAUGCGAGUACUCUCCCGCGGGUCAGCCCUCACCUGCGCUGA